AACAAACACUGAGAAUAACAAAUCACUAAGAAUAUUAUUUAAAGCAGCAAACGAGGUGAACUUGCUACAGAGUAAACUUUGGUGUAAUUCAGGACAACAAUCAUGGAAGAUGAAUAUGCGGCUUUCGCAGGAGGAAAACUGAAGAUAAAGAAAAACGAAGGAGUUGAAAGUGCUUCCAAAAAGAAGAAGAGGAAGGACAAGCACAAGAAGAAAUUAGAGCUGCGAAUACCUAAAAUAGUUGAGGCAGCUAAAAGUAGUGAGGAUGAUGCGGAUUCGAGGGAUGCGGCUGACAACCCUAGCAACCCCGAAAGAAGGUACACCAAAGCUGAACUGGCCUUCAAAAAGCAGCAAGAAAAAAUUCAAAGUGAGCGUAUCCACAACAAGGCGAUGAAAACCCACAAACAACGAGUAGAAGAAUUCAAUAGACACCUCGACAAUCUCACAGAGCACUUUGAUAUCCCCAAAGUUUCAUGGACAAAAUGAAUUGUUCGUUUUGUCCAAACUGGAUUUUUGGGUUACAAUAUGUACGACAUUAUAUUUUCACAUGAAAUUAUGAAAUUGUAAUAUAAUUAGUGUAAUUCCGUUACUUGUAAGGUGUAAUGCUUAAUAACUUGGUUAUAGUAAAUCCGCCACUUGAUCAAGAUUGUAAUGAUUUCUCUUUGUGUCAACCAUUGAAUUGGUUUUAAUUAAAUCAAAUAUUUCUUGUGAAAUUAAACUAUGGUUAUCGUAAGAGAAUCCACGUGAAGAAA